AUGACCAAAGAGGCGGGAUCAAAGAACGAAAUCCGCAGCAAGCCUUUGGGCCCCUCUCAUGACUACCAGCGGCUGAAGAAGCUGAGCACUCAGCAAGCUCUGGAGAACCCUGAUUGGCGGACGCGCCCUUCUGAAUCCAGUGGCUCGUCGGCUAUGGACGACGAACAGAAGUUGCGCACCCUGAUAGGUGCUGCGAAGCAAUGGACUGGGCCAGAUGCCUUUCCGAAUACUCCAUCAGCCGGUGUCAGAUGUGAGAAGAGGCGCUCAUACGGCCUUCAGCCAACCACUGACUCGCCACAAGAUGGUACGACCGACAGCGAGCCGAGAUACAACAGACGCAAUGUCUUUUCCCUGUCUUCUGAGUUGGAACCCACGAUUGUCAAGGCCAUGGACGAGGAAAAGCCUGUCCAGUACGAGGUGCUGAAGCAGAUCUGCCUCUCAUCCUCGCGUGAGCACCCCCUGAGCCUCUUCGAAGUUGUCCCUCUCGGCACGGUCCCUGGCUUCUUGUCGCCGUCUGUCGUCGAGAUUCGACCCCUGAAGGAAAACGUGGCGCCAAGGAAGAUCUGCGAUGCUCAAGAUGAGCACAUGGCAGCGGAACUCAUGGCCGCCCGGCCCUCGCCCAGCAAGGUUCGAGUCCUUCCAAAGCCGCCAGUGCACAAAGAAGAAGGACAGAGGAAAUAUACCACCCCGGACAGGCUGCGCCAACCAAACAAGGCCCUUGAGCAACCGGAAACCUCUGCUACACGAAACAACAGGAGCGACACUCGUUCCAGUGACCGGCUGUCUCCUGGCCAGACGGCACGUUUGGUGACUGAUGGGCAGCCUGUAGCAGCGGCUGAGGCCGAGCGAGACGAGGCCUUCCAACGAUUUCUCAGGAGACUGGUCCAAAAGAGCAAGAGCUUGCAGAUUGAAAGACACCCGCAACGACAUGUCGGCUAUGGAGAAGACUCAAAGGAAGACGGGAGAGAGGGUUCGGCAGACACCUGCGUGCUACGCGGCCGGGCCAAAGGGGCCGAUGGACGAAAGGAGGCUCCCUCGAAGUUUUUCAUGAACCACCAGACACGAAGCUCCGAGCCUUCUCCCAAAGAAAGGCACAAAAGUCGUCCUACUGAGGAUCCUGCCAAGUUGAAGGACUUGAACCCCAAGGCACGAGAGUUUCUCUCGUUUGUCAACCAAGGCCCCAACUCGAACAAUGGCAACGCGUUGCUCUAUCAUCCGCUUCCACCCCUUCCAGUUGACGCAGCGAAACCUGUCGCCGACAACAGUGGACAGACCGAUGCUGUGUCUCUCCCCAGCCUCGGUCUACCUAACAUUUCUCCUCCUCCAGGACUCGGACUGCCCAACAUUGCCCCCUCUAUGGGGCUUGGGCUACUCACUGGCCCUACUUCCCAGCCGCAACAGCCACUGCCGUAUGGGUUUAUGCCGCCCGCUGCCCCUAACACGGCGUCAGACCCCAUGGCCUUCAAUAGCUCGAUGGCAGGAAGACUGGUACCGCUUCCGAUGAGCGCGGACCCCUCAGGAGCAAUGUUGAGACCGCAGGCGGUGAUGCAAAACAUGAUGGGAAAUACUAGCACAUGGGGCUUUCCGCCGGCGCCCACGACGAAUGUUACGUACCCUUGGAUGGGUGGUUCUGUCAACCCAUGCUUCAACAUGCCUCCGUACCUGAUGCCGGCCACGACGGAUGCCCACCAUCCACCGCAGCCGGUGCCCAAGCCUCGACGUCCUGAUCCUGGAGAUCAACAGGCAUACGAGGCGUGGAUCGAGUGGCGCAAGGCAAACGAGCCGGGCUAUGCCCUGGAGUGUCGUCUAAGACAGCAGCGGCGAGCUCAGCGGAGCAUGACGGACAGGGGAGAGACCAAGCCCCCGAUGCAAAAGAGCGAAGCCUCUGCCUCAUCGUGA